UCGGCCAAGCCCCGCCGGUCUCAGCCAUCACACUCCCAACAACCAGCCCAAAUCCCCCACCUCCUAGGGCUCACCCCCCCACCCAAAAGUCAAAACAGAAACCUCCAGGCCAAUUCCUCGACCGCAUCGCCCGUCCGCCUCCAUGGCCACCUCCGCCCUCGCCACGCUCUCCGCCACCGCCGCCACCGCCGCCGGCAAGCGCCUCCUCCUCUCGCGCCCCACCACCUCCCUCGCCUUCACCUCCCGCCGCCUAGCCGCCGCGGGCCCCCUCCGCACCCGCGGGUUCCUCGGGGCUCCAAUCCGGGCCGCGGCGUCGUCCGCAUCGGCCCCCGCGGCGGCGAAGACCAUCGCGGUCGGGGACCGUCUCCCCGACGCGACGCUCUCCUACUUCGACUCCCCCGACGGCGAGCUGAAGACGGUGACGGUGCGGGACCUGACGGCGGGUAAGAAGGUGGUGCUCUUCGCGGUGCCCGGCGCGUUCACGCCCACCUGCACCCAGAAGCACCUCCCGGGGUUCGUCGCCAAGGCCGGGGAGCUCCGCGCCAAGGGGGUGGACGCCGUCGCCUGCGUCUCCGUCAACGACGCCUUCGUGAUGCGCGCCUGGAAGGAGAGCCUUGGGGUCGGGGACGAGGUGCUGCUCCUGUCCGACGGGAACGGGGAGCUGGCGCGCGCCAUGGGCGUCGAGCUCGACCUCUCCGACAAACCCGUCGGGCUCGGCGUUCGGUCCCGGCGGUACGCGCUGCUGGCCGAGGACGGGGUGGUCAAGGUGCUCAACCUCGAGGAGGGCGGCGCCUUCACCAACAGCAGCGCCGAAGACAUGCUCAAGGCGCUCUGAAUUGCGACCCCUCCUCGCCCGCCAUGGUUUGCUGUCCCCCUUACUUGAAAAGUUAGCUUUUGUCUCUGAAUAAUCGUUGCGGCAACGGUGGCUUGUGUUAUGUUGCUACCUCGACUGAGUUUAGUGGCUGGUGAAUACUGCGCACUGCACCUCAGCAUAUGAGUUGUUAUCUUGAUGUGAAGGUUCUAGCGAACAUGGCAGUAUAGGCAUGAUAGCUCGUGAUUGUGAAUGUGCUGUUUGGCAACUUCUGAUGACAUAUAUCAGUUUUGUUUGGGAAUUAGUA